AUGGUAUCGCUAUAUGGCUUUAAUCCGGCGUGCUACAUCCCUACCACCGUCAACAACUAUCUCCCCUCCGCAGUAGCAUGCGCGCCUCCUCCCUCGUACUUCUCCAGCGCCUACAACACCAUUACAUCGCCUUUUGGUUCGACUUAUAGCACCGUGCGUGCCAUGCUGCAAGCACUCGUCGGCCUGCCGUUCCUGUCGCUGCUCCUGAUCCCGACGACCGGUAGCUGGUCAACAACAGUCAACUUCUUCUUCUUCUACCUCACCUGGUACACGCUCAUCCUGUCGCAUCCACCUCUACGAGUCGAGCUUAUCGGCAGCCUCGCGAUCCGAGUCGUGUUCUAUCUCUUGCCAUCUGCUGCAUUCUUUGCCUUUGACUUCCUGUUCCCGUCCGCUGCCGUUUCGGCAAAAGCACAAGGCAGCUCUGGGCUGCCUAUGAAGAAUGCAUCGCGGUCGCGGUCGCUACAGUACCUCCGCAUUGUGGGCUGGUCUGUCGGGAACGUCCUCCUCGCGACUUUGGCGCAAUUCAGCAUCGAGUUCCUGCUCACCAAGGUGCUGCUCGUUCACUCCGCUCUCAGGGUCACGACUACUCUACCCACACCUUUCGCGAUUAUCAUCGAUCUUGCCCGUGGCUACAUCAUGCGCGAGAUUCUCACCUACGUCAUCCACCGCUACACCCUCCACGAGUCCAGAUCAUUCGUAGCAAAAGCACACAACUCUUGGUAUCAUAGUUUGGAGGCACCCUUCCCCCUGUCAGCCUCGUACGAUCACCCAUUGGCCUACCUGCUCCACAACUUCAUCCCAACCUACGCGCCGGCAUUCCUCUUCCGGUUCCACAUGCUCACCUACCUGAUGUUCCUCACCAUCAUUUCGCUCGAGGAAACUUUCGCCUACUCCGGCUACUCCACGGUCCCCACCAACUUCAUCCUUGGCGGCAUUGCGAGACGCACUGACGACCACCUCUUGCACGGAGAUGGCAACUUCGGCCGGCUUGGUCUAGUCGAUUGGGUCAUGAACACGACAAUCGGUGGCAGCCUGAUCGAAGACGUCGGUGACGAAGCCGAGAAGCAUGAUGUGGAGGGCCGAGCAAAGAGAGCUGGCCGCAAGGGACUGGCAGACGCAAGAACCAAAGCCAAUGGCGUUUUCGAAGGCGCCAAGAGUCGGUCUAGCAGGAGGCAGCGGAGUGAUAGCUAG